AUGAUGCAAGAUUUCCUGCCCUCCUACCAGCUCCACCGCUAUCUGAACAGACACCUGGACGAGAUCAUCAACGAUCACAAGCUAGACGCUCCUCCAGAUUACUCUGAGGUCGCAAAUGAGACCGGCAGGAGACCCCGAAUGUCAUUUGAGAUUCGUGAGGAACCUCAGGACGGAAGGGCCUCUCUGGUUUCGGACCAGCAGAACUCUGUGUGGAGGAAGAUCGACAAGCUAAGGUAUAUGGAUCAGAGCUCUGUGUACAUUGAUAUCCAACUGGAUGACUUCACAAACAUUCAUUAUGCUCCAGUCACUAGCGGAGACAUUGUGAAAGGAACGGUGAAAGUCCACAACAUCGGGCCGCAUCCGAUCCCCUUUGACAACAUCUUUGUCAGCUUUGAAGGGUAUUUUUGGGCUCUGAAGUCUUCCUCUAAAAUGCUUAUCCAUAAUUUCUUGGACAUGAUAGAUUUUGAAGCCAGUUGUUUGUGCGAGGAUCCUGAUGCAGGGCUUCCGCCUGACCGUGUUUUGAGACCAAACAGCUUCUAUAUGGUGCGCUUCAAGUUCCAAAUCCCGGAAACGUCUAAAUCGGGACUUCCUCUGCCUCCAAACAUGGGAGAUUUGCAUCUCAGACACAAGAUUCAUUCUCAGAUCCAGGAUUCGUUGUUUAUGCGUGAAAACUGCUUUGGUGGAGACUAUAGCUGCGACAGCUUUAGCAUCAGCUACUCCAUCAAUGCCAGAUUGCUAGAACUGAGCGAGACCAAGGACGAGCUUGUUAUUAGACGUCACAGCAGACACAUGGUUGCAUUCACGCCCAAGUUACAAGCAGAUGAGGUUUUGAGAUUGCUCGAUCCUGCCGAUGAACUGCGCUUGCUUGUCAACUCGCUUGAAGACGAGAUCAGAAGUUUGCAAAUUAAAAGUGAGCCGCCGCCCGGAACCAAGGCAGACCAAGCGCCCGCGUACUCGUUCCGAGUAUCACAAGAGCGGGAGGUUUUCCGACUUCAGCUGAAAAACAAGCCUGGCAUGUUCAUAAACAAGUAUCUAGAUUACUCGCUGAGCUCGGACCACCUCCAGACGAAACAGAACAUAACCAUUGCCUUUAAAGAGGAGAUGAAAAUAAGCUCAAUUGACCUCUAUGCUGUCAACUACUACAACCAGCGCAAUAUCCCCGUUCACAUAUCUCCUGAAUGGUUUAUCAACCGUGUUCCUUUUGAGACCGUCAUUAGACCCAAGUUCAAGGAGCUGGAGGCAAGUUUGCAGGGUUGCGGCAACGAAGACUCGCUGGAGCUGGUGAAAAGUCUGAGCACGCUCAAGUUCACGGCAACCAAGAUGCCAAAAGUGAUUCAGUAUAAGAAAAGGGGCCCGACCUCGUAUGAGAUCAUCCUGACCAAACCAAAAAAAGAUAUUGUCAUCCCGUCCUUUGAAUUCGUAUUUUGUGGACGCUUCUACUUCCUGCGCUUCUAUGUGAAGCUGCCGCGUGACGUCCUAUAUCAAGGUGAGUCAAAGUUGGCUUUCGACGUUCCCGUUUUCAUCCAAUGA